CUAGCUUGGCUUCCUGCACAUUUCUACAGUUGAUACUGGGCAUGUAGGUAAAGAGAUUUAGCAACGACAGCAACUGGAGGCUGAUGGAGGUUUAAAUCUAGCAGCAGCAGUCAGCUGAAGGAGGCCCUAAACCACCAGAGACAAAUGUGGAACCAGGAGAAGGCAAAAUUAGAAUGUACCUCCUCUCCAGAUAUGGAACCCACCUUUGGGGGAGGGCUGCUGGAUAUGGUAAAAGGUGGAGCUGGACGACUUUUCAGCAAUUUAAAGGACAACCUUAAAGACACCUCCUCAAAGGUGAUACAGUCUGUAGCCAGUUACGCCAAGGGAGAACUUAAUAUUUCUUACAUUACAUCACGGAUAAUAGUGAUAUCCUAUCCUGCUGAAGGAGUGGAGUUGAGUUUCAAGAAUCAAAUUGAUGAUGUCCGAUCAUUUUUGGAUUCACGGCACUUGGAUCAUUAUACAAUCUUCAACUUAUCUCAGAAAUCCUACAGAAGUGUCAAGUUUCACAAUAGAAUAUCUGAAUGCAGCUGGCCAGCUCGACAGGCUCCCAGUUUACAUAAUUUGUAUGCAGUGUGUAAGAACAUGCAUCACUGGCUGCAGCAAAACCCUAAGAAUGUCUGUGCUAUACAUUGUGUGGAAGGCUGUCCUGCCUCUGCUAUUUUAGUCUGUGGAAUGUUCUGCUUCUGCCAUCUUUUCUCUUGCCCAGUUCCAGCAAUCCAGUUGUUUAAUACAAAAAAGCCAGGGCCUGCACUUUGGCCUUCACACAGGAGAUAUAUAGGAUAUAUCUGUGAAAUGGUUUCUGAAAAACCCACACUCCCACAUUGCAAACCCCUCAUCAUUAAAACUGUCACUGUGAGCCCAGUCCCAUGCUUCAAUAAACAGAGGAAUGGCUGCCGACCUUUCUUUGAGGUUUUUAUUGGUGAAACAAAGAUUUUUACAACUGCACAAGAUUAUGAUAAAAUGAGAGAACACCGAAUCCAGGAGGGAAAAGUAUUUUCUUCUUUGGGUGUUAGUGCCCAUGGUGAUGUCAUUGUUGCUGCCUUUCAUAUGCGAUCGACAAUUGGUGGAAGACUUCAAGCAAAGUUAACAAACACACAAAUAUUCCAGAUCCAAGUCCAUACUGGAUUCAUUGCUCCUGGAACUUCUGUAUUAAAGUUUACAAAACCUGAAUUGGAUGCCUGUGAUUCUCCAGAGAAAUAUCCUCCAUUGUUUCACGUGAUACUGGAAGUAGAAGUUGAAUCGUCUGAUAAACGAUUUGACCUGACUCCUCCCUGGGAACAUUUGAACACCAAAGAUCUUACUCCCAACACCCUCUUCUCAAGCCACCGAGAACAUCAAGAAACAUUAGCAGCAGGUAAAGCUGCUAUAGACACUGUGGCCGAAGUGGAAACCUCAUCAGAUAACUUAAAGAGCACAGGACAAAGUACGUUUUUUCCAUCCCUGGCCUGGCAAGAAACAAAAGGUGAUAAGAAUGGUGCUAAUCCAUCAUCGGAAGAUCGAACAGCUCUUGUGAAUGAGGAUAGUGAGCCGUCAGAUGAUGAACUUCUGUCCUUGUCAAGCCAGCACAGUACUGCUAGCAUGGAUAAACAGCAUGGGACACCAAAAAGUGGCAAUAAGCAGGUGCUUUCUCGAUCCUCAGCACCUGAAAGUGUGGAUCUUCUUGACUUCAAUGGAGGUGCCACAAGCCAGACCUUUCCUAGUACUGCUCCAGCCAAACCUCUGCCAACUAACUCUGACUUACUCAAUGACUUGUUUGGUAGCACCUCUUCCAUCCCAUCAACACAUGGGAGUAGUGGUGCUCCAGGUUCAGCACAUUCCACCCCUCGCAAGUCUGCAGGCUCUCCUUCUCUAUCAUCAUCACCAAAGAUGAGUGAAGGAACAGCUUUUGAUCCAUUUGAUUCGCAGGCCAAGCAACACAAUCAGGAUUUACUUGGUGUUUUCCUCAACCGGAGUGGUGCAAGUUCCCCAGUUGGACAAGCUGACCCCUUCCUGCAAACCGCCAGGACACCAUCUCCUACUCCACAAAGCACUGCUGGUGAUCCUUUCAACAUGGGUAGAGUUUCCCCUGCUCCACCAUGUACUCCAACUGUGUCAGUUCAACCAGAUCUAAUGGCAGGAUGGGGCUUGGGAUCCUCAAACCUACCUGGAGGUUCAGCAGCCUGGGCUCCCUCAGGUGGGGUCAGGGGUGUCAGCAGAUCAGCAAAUACCAGUCCUACCAGCUCAUUACAUGGCACUCCUACUCAUCAGCGCAAGCCACAGACAUUGGAUCCAUUUGCGGACUUGGGUUCUCUUGGUGCCAAUUUAACUGGUGGUUCAGCAUUUUCAAGCAAACCCACUACACCCACUGGAACACCAGGAGGGUCUUUUCAACCAAUGGGCUCUCCACAGAAACAAUCUCCUCAACCGGUGGGAGGAGGUUCUUGGCAGCAGAAUACAGGAUUUGCUUGGCAACAAGGUUCAUCUGCCUGGCAACAGCCACAAACUAAGCCACAACAGACAAAGCCCCAACAACCAAUACCCCAAUCAUCUCCACAGAAUAGACCCAACUAUAACGUGAGCUUUACUGGCAUGAUAGGUACUCGAGAGGAACGCGGGCCACGAGGACCUGCAUAUGGAACUCGACCAAAGGUUGCGGAUAGUAACUUUGAGGACUUGCUGUCAAGCCAAGGGUUUGCUUCCCAGAAGGAGAAGAAAGGUCCUAAGACUAUAUCUGAAAUGAGAAAGGAAGAGAUGGCUAGAGACAUGGAUCCAGAGAAACUGAAGUUAUUGGAUUGGAUUGAAGGAAAAGAAAGAAAUAUACGUGCAUUGCUGUCAACUAUGCAUACUGUUCUGUGGGAAGGAGAGACCAAAUGGAAGCCUGUUGGCAUGGCAGAUCUGGUAACUCCUGAACAGGUGAAAAAAGUCUAUCGGAAGGCAGUACUUGUUGUUCAUCCUGAUAAAGCCACUGGUGAGCCAUAUGAACAAUAUGCCAAGAUGAUAUUCAUGGAACUGAAUGAUGCCUGGUCAGAAUUUGAAAGUCAAGGUCAAAAACCUCUGUACUAAUUUAAUGCAAACUACUUGCCUGUGUUUCCAGUUGACACUCUGUACCUGUGCUGAAUGUAUUUUCUUUUGCUUUAAAGUUGAUGUACAUUGCUUUCUUUUGGUAAAUCUGUAUACAGGCAUUUAUUGCAUUCAUUGUUUAGAUGUCAAUCUCAUGUGAUGAGCUAUUGUUUCAAUGACCUGUUUAUUCUUUCACACAAGGUUUUGUUGAGAAUAUAUUGAAAACAGAAAUGCAAACUGAAAUAUCUUUUGAGAUAAAGGUGACAUUUGACUCUUUUUCCUUGCAAUUUCUAUUUUUGUUUGCAAUGCAAUAUGUAGCAUACGGCCUAAAUCUGAUCUCUAUGCACACCUUUUCACUCUGCUUUGAAAUAUGUUGCAUGUGGUCUCAAAUUCAUCACGUCACAGCUGUGUUUUUCUUUUUCUUUUGAAAUCAGCAUAAUAGUGUAGAGACUGUUACUAAUUGCUGGACAAUGUAACAUUGCUCGGUCCAUAAUAAAAGAACACACAUUUCUGAUGAGCUUUACAAAAUCAUAUCUAGAAUCAUCUCCUGGAUAAUAUUGAUCAAUAUUACUCACUCGCAACCUCAGUCAGCAUUUGGCUUGAGGUCCACUCGGGAUUGUUGCAAUAAGCUUCAUUGUGAAUUAAGAUGGUGUGGCUCUCUUUCCCACAAAUUGAGCUCUGGCUAUCAAUAAUGCCAUUAUGAACAGUUGCCAAGCGGAGGAUGUUUGCAGCCUCACAGGAACAAAGGGGAAAAAAAUACAGGACCAAUAAUUCUACUUAAUGUAUAUUUCAAUGAAAUCUUUUCACCUGCUGUACAGAAGCUGAGUAACCAAUAACAUUCCAUUGGCUUCUUUUGCUGAAGUGAAGAAAAGGAAAGAAUUUUCACAUUGAUCCUCUGGAAGAUCAACAUCUCUCAAACUGGCAGGCUGUGAAUGAAGGCCAAGAGACACACAACAGAAAAAAUCUUUGGAAUAGUGUCUGCAAAUGGCCCCUGGGCUGUGUUGUGAGCACUAUUUGUACAGAUGAAAAACCAUUUUUCAGACAGCUUCCUGUAUUUACAUUAAUGGAAAAUUCAGAUCUUAACUCGAAACCAUUAUUCCAAAUGUUUUAUUUAAAAACAUCUACCAUUUUGUUCAUAUGUACUAUAUAUGAUUUGUUGGAAUAUUCCAUUUUUAAGAUGCUUAUCAUUCUAUAGUUUGCAAUAUUGCAGGACAGUUAAAUGAUUUAUUGUCCAUUGACAUCAGACUGUGAGAAUCAUGUAGAUCAUUAAUAUUACAAAGUACAAGAGCUUUCCAGUGUAAUCUUUAUGCCUGCCAUAUACAGUAUGGGAAAUGUCAUGUUAACCUUGAUCUAUUACUUGUGUGUUCUUGUGGGGUAGGGUGGGGAGGCAAGGGAGGGGUAGAUUGAGAGAAUAUUGAGUUUAUGAUGCGGUCUGUGUUUGCUAUAUCUGAUGUCAAGUUAUUUGAAAUAUGGCUAUUAAGAAAAUGUCUAAUUUGUAGAUUGUCUUCAUUCCAACUUGUACAUAACACUGGCUGUAAUUGAC